AUAACAACUAUUUUUAUGAUUUCAAAUAAUGAAAGUAUUCUCUUUAAGAAUUCGAGUGUUUCACGCAUAUAAGCGAUAAAUGUGGCAAUUCACUGGUUUUUAUGUAUUUAUUUUAUUUCUUGUAAUCCUUAUCAGGAUUACAUGAUCAUUGAUAACAGCUAGACAAGAUGAUGUAAGAUCAUGUAAUUGUAGUUCGCAACGAUCAGUAUUGACCGUUCCACCAACAUGGCACUACUGAAGGGGAGAGUGGCUGUGGUGACCGGAGCCAGCGAGGGUAUCGGUGCGGCUAUCGUGCGGCGGCUUGCUGCGGAAGGGAUGAAGGUGGCAGCACUAGCCAGGAGGAUCGAGAUACUGACUGAUCUGGAAAACGAAAUGAAGAAGAAGGAUUAUAUUGUAAACGGUUACCUAUGCGAUGUCCAAAGAGAAUCGAGUGUUAAAGAUGCGUUCGACAGGAUUGAAGAGGACUUUGGUGGAAUCCAUAUACUUGUCAACAACGCAGGAACCGCAGCUUUAGUUGAUAUGAUGAACAUCAAUAUGGAAAAUGCUGCAGCUGUCCUCAACACCAAUGUUCUCGGACCCAUGAGCUGUAUAAAAGAAGCUUUGAUUUUGAUGAAGAAGUAUUCUAUACUAGAUGGUCACGUUGUUAAUAUCAACAGCAUUUCAGGACACAGAGUACCUAUAAGGGAACAUGCUGGUGUCUAUGGAGCUUCCAAACAUGCAUUGCGUGUAAUCACCGAGAGCCUUCGGACUGAUAUAAUCAAGCACAAAUUAAAGACUCGAGUUACGAGCAUCAGUCCAGGCCUGGUUAGGACUUCCAUGACAGACUAUUACAGAGAGUUAAACCCAGACUUGCCAUCCCUGAUAGCUGAGAACAUAGCGGACGCUCUGGUCUAUGCUGUUACGGUUCCGUCCAAUGUUAAUAUAUCAGAGAUGAUCAUAGAUCCAGUAUGAAAUCCUAGUUUGGGUGACAUAAAUUCAAAUAACUUCUGUUACUUAAUAAUAAAAAAAAUCAAUAAAUUUACUUUACAGGUUUUUGUUUCAAUUAUCUUUUAUUGAUAACUUAAGACUUUUACAUCUGACCGUCUUAAUCACUUCUAUUUUCGUCCAGUUACUCAAAUGGAAUGGUAAAUUUGUAAGAAAAUUUCUCCUAGUUAAUAUAGGGCGUUUUGUAAGAAAUUGAAAAUAUUAGGAGGUGAUAAUAAAAUUCAACAGCAAUGAAAAAGUUCCUAUAGACUGUGGUUCAAUCCUUUCUAGAAAAGCAGGAAAUUAAAGUUUUGUGUUUUAUUCAAAAUAUUGUCUUAACUUUUCUGUUGAAUAGAAAAUGAAACCUAAAAAGAUAUUUAAUUUAGGUGAUUGAAAAACGCAAUGUAGUCUACCAGACAAAUUUACUUCAAAUACAAAGACAGUUGGUAUUUGUUUAAAACAUUUUAAGUUUGAUUUUAUUUAUUAUAUAGACUAAAUUAUGAUAAUUUCUGAUUUUCAUACAAUCAUUCGCGAUUUCUUUUAUUAGCACUGAACGGUUAUCAAUCUACCAGAAAUGAAAAUAAGUUAUUAUAAAGCAUAUAAAUUCUCAUAAACCUGAGAUAGAUAUUUACAAUUUUUUGUUAGUUUCUAUUGCAAAAAAAUAGAUUAAAAUAGACAAUUUUGUUUUUGAUUUCUUAAAACUAAAACUUUAUUAUACUAUUGAAUGUAAUAGAUUUUUAUUUUAUUUUCAUAAAUAAAGUUAAAAAAAUAUCAGUUUAAAAAAAAAAAUUGUCUUUCAUUAACUACUCUACUUUGCAUAGACAUAGAAGUUUCCAUGUUUAAUAUGUAAGGCGCCGGGUUAUGGAAAAUAAACCGUUGAAAAAUGCCAUAUAAUAUGCUAUUAAAAGUAUGAUAAUAAGUAAAUAGAGAAGGAAGGUAAUAAAGAGAAAAUAUUAAGCCAUAAAAAUAAAGCAUUUCACUAUUAAUGAAGGUUUUUUUACUAUAUAUAUUAUUGAUAUUUAAGAUAUUUACAUUAUUUUAAAAGUUAUUUAACUGUAUCUAAUAUAGCUUAGGAACCCAACGUGGGUAUCCGUUUUUUUUUUUUUUGUUAAAUGAUAAUUUUAAUGCCAAAACAUAACAUAAAUUUUUUGUGACAAAAAAAGGGUUGUUAGAAUUAAAAAUUAGGUUUAUUUUUAAUAAUUUUUUUUAAGGGCCUCUUAUAAUACUUCUCUCCUCUUCUAGUUAGGCUCCAAUGGAUGUAUAAUUACCUGCUGUCUUCACCGAAUUAUGAAAAAAAAAAAAGUAGUGUUGCUUCUAAUUUUAUUUAUUGAUGAGAGAAAACGUUUGUUUUUAGAUGUAUUGAUUUUCCAUUCAAAAUACUUUGAAGCUCACAUUUGUUAUUGAGAAAUUAUUAAAUUAUUGUUAUUAAAUAAUUAUGUUUACAUUAUUUAGAAUAAUCAAGAUUUUUCAUUUGAAGUGUGAUUGGUGAAAACUGAAAAUAUAAUUAAUAUAUUGUCAAAUAUUAGUUAUUAUAGAAACUGACGCUGUAUUUUAUUAUUAAGCAAUUUUAUACGCCUAAAAAUAAAAAUCAAUUGAUCGAAAUAUACAUGAUAUAUACCUUUAAAACCUAAAUAUGCACAAAAAUCAAAUUUUAGCCGAACAUACAAAAAUUAACAACAUAAACCUUUUCCUAAAGAAUUAGAAUGACUAGUUACUAGUCACUAGUAUCAUAAAUAUAAUAAAUCAUAUUUAAAAAAAAAAAUAAGCCAAAAAGAUAUGCAUUUGUAAAUGGAUUCAAGACUCAAUAAUAAGUAACAUAUUCAUUUAAAACAAUUAAUUAAUAAAUAUUUUUUCAACUGUAUAAUUUGUUAAAUUAUGAGUUCAUUAACGUCCAUUACCUCUUCAGCCUCAUAAUUGAGCUAUUGAUUUUCUAACAUUGAAUUAUUCUACGAUCUUACUAAACAUUUCAAAAAUCAGUAAAAAAUAAAUAAAAAAAUGAGAUAAAAGAAUUGAAACUAAGCCAUGGAAGAAAAUGGUUUUACAGGUGAUAUUUGGGUAUAAUAUUAGAGGAAUUAGAAUUUAAAAAAUUGUAUUGAUAUUUCCAUUAAAACUCGAUUUCAUAUUCAUCAAUAAGAUACACCUUAAUUAUGAUAAGUAUAAUUUCAGACUUAAUAGCAUUUUCGCCAACGUCGUUGAUAAAAGAAAAAAAAAUCUAGACUUUCAAAGAAGGGAAAAGUAACAAGGCUUAUAAGGUACUGAAGGAGAUCAAAGAGGCUACUAGAAGCCUGUAAGAACACUUAGCAUUAACUUUAUCGCACUUCAGUGGUUUUUUUUUUCACGUUGAGCCAACAGAGGCGGAAAAUAAGAAAAGUUAUAAAGCUCGAGAUAAUAAAAAAAAAAUUGUUUGAUUUUGUCCUAUAUUGGAUUUGAAUUGAGGUAGAGGCAUACUGAAUUAUUUUUAUAACUGUGUAAAUAUCUAGAUACAUUUUUUUUAAAAAAGAGGAAUAUAAAAAUCACGGCAGUUGUUUAAAGAUGUCUAUUAUUGAUUUUUAAAAAUAUAUUAAAAAAAAACAUAUUGGCUAAACCUCCAUUAAUGAAGGUUUUUUUCAAACAAUAUUACGACACGUUUACUUCAAAAACAAAUAUAUUGGGUUGGCAACUGAGUCCUUUCGGUUUUUCAAGCUGAAACUCAAUGUAUUAUACAAAUAAAAUCUAUUUUAAUCUACAAUAUAUUGA